AUGUGCGCAACGCAGAUGUUGCUGCUCAGGGACAACACCUCAUCAUAAUUUUCCUUGCUCGACUUUCUGGAUUUGCACUUGCCGGAGUAAGCUUCUCAUGCGGCGCCACGACGGGCUACUUAUAGGCCCCCUUUCCCGUCUCCUGAAGGGCAACCCACCCGCCAACCAUGUCCCUCGUCGACAAGCAGUCCUGGGGUCUGCGCAACCGUACCCCUCCCGUCGAGGCUCGACCCAAGGUCGUCCCGACCUCCGAGGGGCCAGCGCCCGCGAAGGUGCCCAGAAGUGCUACUCCCGCGAGUCGGGAGUUGUUCGGAGUGUCCCGUGCCAAUCUAGGCCUCCUCAUCGCUUCCUUGACGCUCUCGCUAUAUGCCCUACUUCGCUUCCGAUCGUUAUCAACGCCGUCAGAGUCCUACGCCCUCUGCUCACCGAGAGGCGCCAAUGUCUUCACCGUUGAUGAUGCAAAGCCUCGAGUACAGUGUCUCGUAGUGCAUCACUCGCAUUUUACCGAUGUUGGCACACUUGGUAUGGUGGAAUAGGCGUUCUUGAGGCUGAUGCUGAUGGACCGCCUUUGUAGAGGAGGUGACUGAACGAUGGAAAUCUGCCGCCUAUGCGUCGCGCAACUCCUCGGACGUA